AUGGCGGCAGAAGCCGUGAUGAAAAUGUCAUCCUCCGCCAUCUGCAACUUAAAUGGCCCUUCGCGGAGGCCCCUGCCGCCUUGUUGCGAUUGCCUCUGUUUCCAUCAUAAGAUGGAUCGGCUAGGAGCAAAUUUCUUUAGAACUAGAGAUAUGAUUGUGUCGAACCUGGGUGCAAAACCACUGGUGCUUCAAAUCCCAAUUGGUGCAGAGGAUACUUUUAGAGGAGUUGUGGAUCUCGUGAAGAUGCAGGCAGUGGUUUGGUCUGGGGAGGAAUUGGGUGCAAAGUUUUCAUAUGUCGAUAUCCCUGCUGAUCUUGUAGAUUUAGCUCAAGAGUACAGGGCUCAGAUGGUUGAAACUGUAGUUGAGCUGGAUGAUGAAGCUAUGGGGAACUACCUGGAAGGAAUCGAACCGGAUGAGGCCACCAUUAAGAAGCUGAUAAGAAAGGGAACUAUCUCAGGCAGUUUCGUUCCUGUUUUAUGUGGCUCGGCCUUUAAGAACAAAGGUGUCCAGCCUCUACUGGAUGCUGUCGUAGAUUAUUUGCCCUCUCCUGUGGAUUUGCCACCAAUGAAGGGGACGGAUCCUGAGGAUCCAGAAUUGGUUCUUGAGAGGGCUGCCAGUGAUGAUGAACCAUUUUCUGGAUUGGCUUUCAAGAUCAUGAGUGAUCCUUUUGUGGGGUCUCUUACAUUUGUUCGGGUGUAUUCUGGGAAGCUUGAUUCCGGCUCCUAUGUGUUGAAUUCAAACAAAGGGAAGAAAGAGAGGAUUGGUAGACUCCUGGAAAUGCACGCUAACAGCAGAGAGGACACUAAAGUAGCCUUAACCGGAGAUAUUAUCGCGCUCGCAGGUCUAAAAGAUACAAUUACAGGAGAAACGUUGUGUGAUCCGGAGAAGCCUGUUGUUUUAGAACGGAUGGAUUUCCCAGAUCCUGUGAUUAAGGUUGCAAUUGAGCCAAAAACUAAAGCUGAUAUUGAUAAAAUGGCAGUUGGCUUAAUCAAGCUUGCUCAGGAAGAUCCUUCUUUCCACUUCUCACGUGAUGAAGAAACCAAUCAAACAGUUAUUGAAGGAAUGGGAGAGUUGCAUCUCGAAAUUAUUGUUGACAGGCUCAAGAGGGAAUAUAAGGUUGAAGCCAAUGUUGGAGCACCCCAAGUCAAUUAUCGGGAAAGCAUUUCCAAGGUCACGGAAGUCAAGUAUGUGCACAAGAAGCAAUCUGGUGGUGCUGGUCAAUUUGCGGAUAUCACUGUCAGGUUUGAGCCACUAGAAGCAGGUAGCGGGUACGAGUUCAAGAGUGAGAUCAAGGGAGGUGCAGUGCCGAGAGAAUACAUACCAGGUGUGAUGAAGGGGUUGGAAGAAAGUAUGCCAAACGGAGUGCUGGCUGGCUACCCUGUGGUUGAUGUUCGUGCAGUAUUAGUCGAUGGGUCUUACCAUGAUGUUGAUUCAAGUGUUUUGGCAUUCCAGUUGGCUGCCAGAGGAGCAUUUAGGGAAGGAAUAAGGAAAGCUGGACCUCAGAUGCUCGAACCAAUCAUGAGGGUGGAAGUUGUCACGCCUGAAGAGCAUUUGGGAGAUGUGAUUGGUGAUCUCAACUCAAGGAGAGGUCAGAUCAACAACUUUGGGGAUAAACCAGGUGGCUUGAAGGUGGUGGAUGCCCUGGUGCCUUUAGCUGAGAUGUUUCAGUAUGUAAGCACUCUUCGAGGAAUGACCAAAGGGCGUGCUUCCUACACUAUGCAGUUGGCCAAAUUUGACGUUGUCCCUCAACAUAUUCAGAACCAGCUGGCCCAGAAGGAGGAGCCAGUUGCUGCUUAAUGCUAUUUCUGAGAUUGUAGGCUGCACCGGACUACUAUGGAAAAGAGGAUUCUUUAUGCAAGGAAUGAAUGAGAGAUUACUAAUGUGAUAACGAAAGGUUCAGUUGUCUGUUUUAUUCUUGAAGUUGGCAAAACAUUUUUGUUAGAUAAGGCAUUGGAGGGUUUACAAAGUAUCCAUGUACAAAUACAUUGGUUUGGUUUAAUUGUUUCAUUUGCAGUCA